AUGCUCGGUAGGGCGGCUGGCAGGAGGAGCUACAGCCCCUACUCGGCAGGGCGCCGCGGGACGGGCAAAGCCAACUCGCCCAAACGCUCCCUGGACUCGCUGCCCCACGCCCCCGCCGUGUGGCUGACGGACCAUUCCCGCAAGGACUGCCUGGAAGCUCCUGGCUCCAGCCUCGGGGAGCUGCCCCCUGCCAGCUCCAAGCUCAGCACCAGCCCCAGUGCCGUGGGCACCCUCAAGCGCCCCACCAGCCUCAGCCGCCAUGCCAGCGCCGCCGGCUUCCCCCUCACCGCAGCGGGACCCCGGGCUGUGCCCAAGGGCCAGAAGACCCCCGCGUCCUGCAGCCCCACGGACGGAGGGGAGGGGCCCUUCAUCGACACCGAGGACAUCUCCCAGCUGCUGACAGAUGUUGCCCGCUUUGCCGAUGCCCUGGAGAAGCUGCGGGACGUGGUGCUGCGGGAUGACCCCAAGGAGCCCCCCCAGAGGCCACUGGCCCACGAGUGCCUGGGGGAGACGCUGCGCAUCCUGCGCCAGGUCAUCAGCAAGUACCCCCUGCUCAACACCCUGGAGACCCUGACAGCUGCUGGGACCCUCAUCUCCAAAGUCAAGGGUUUCCAUUACGAAGCCAACAAUGAGUCAGACAAGAGGGAGUUUGAGAAGGCUGUGGAGACCAUCGCUGUGUCCUUCAGCAGCACGGUGUCUGAGUUCCUCAUGGGGGAGGUGGACAGCAGCACCAUCCUCUCCAUCCCACUCAGUGACCAGAACCAGCCCAUGGAGAGUCUCUAUGGGGGGAUCCCAGGGCCUGGAGGAGUUGGCAUGGGGACCUACGACACAGGCCGACCUCCUGCUGAGGAAGUGGAUGUGCUGCUGCAGCGCUGCGAAGGAGGGGUGGAGGCUGCCCUCCAGUACACCAAAAACAUCUCCAAGUACAUGAAGGACCUCAUUGGCUACCUGGAGAAAAGGACCACACUGGAGAUGGAGUUUGCCAAAGGGCUUCAGAAGAUGGCAAACAGCUGCAAGCAAACCAUCAGCCAGGAGGCCAAUAUGCCCUUCCUGUCCAUCUACCUGUUGGCCCUGGAGCAGGACAUGGAGCAUGGCACCUCGGUUCUGCAGGCUGCCAACACCCUUCAGAACCAAACCUUCCUCCAGCCCCUGGCGCUCAGACGCCUGGAACACGAGAAGCGGCGGAAGGAGAUCAAGGAACAGUGGCACCGGGCACAGAGGAAGCUGCAAGAGGCUGAGGGGAACCUGCGCAAGGCCAAGCAGAUUUACAUGCAGCGCAGCGAGGAGCACGACAAGGCCAAGUACAUGGCAGUGAAAGCAGAGGAGGAGCAGCAGAACACCACCAGCAGCAUCACCACCAAAACCCUGGACAAGAAGAGGAGGCUGGAAGAGGAAGCCAAGAACAAGGCAGAGGAGGCCAUGGCCACCUACCGAACCUGUGUGGCAGAUGCAAACACCCAGAAGCAGGAGCUGGAGGACACUAAGGUGAACUCCUUGAGGCAGAUCCAUGAAAUGAUCAAACAGAGCGACCAGGUCAUCAAAACGGCCACCAUCUCCUUCUACCAGAUCAUGCACAUGCAGACAGCUCCACUGCCUGUCAACUUCCAGACUCUGUGUGAGAGCAGCAAGCUGUACGACCCCGGGCAGCAGUAUGCCUCCCACGUGCGGCAGCUGCAGCGCGGCGACGAACCUGACAUCCAGUACGACUUCGAGCCCUACGUGUCCCACAACGCCUGGUCUCCCUUCACCCGGGCACGGAAGGGCAGCUUCAGCUCCAAUGACUUCCCCGCAGCCGCCGGCUCCGAUGGGAUUGGGCUGCCCAAGGAUGGGAGCAGCUUGGAAGGAGCCAAGGAGCAGCAGAGUGGAGCUGAGAGGAGAGGUGGGAGGGGGCACCAGGUCCAUAAAUCGUGGCCAACCUCUGUUGCUGAAGGUGGCAGCAGCCUGGAUUCAAGCACAGGUGAACUCCAGAGGCUCUCUUCCAAUGGCACCAUGUCCUCCAGUGAGGAGCUGGAGGAGAAGGAUGAGACCAGCACCCCCUUUGAGCAGAGCAUCAAUGGGAUGACCUCAGAGCUGGCAGCUCCCACGGGGCCCUUCCGAAACGUUGGCUUGUCCAAGGCUGCCCAGACCCACAGGCUGAGGAAGCUGCGAGCCCCUUCCAAGUGUCGGGAGUGCAACAGCUACGUCUACUUCCAGGGAGCAGAGUGUGAGGAGUGCUGCUUGGCCUGCCACAAGAAGUGUCUGGAGACCUUGGCCAUCCAGUGUGGGCACAAGAAGCUCCAAGGGAAGCUGCAGCUCUUUGGCCAAGACUUCACAGCAGCAUCUCGGAGCAGCUCGGACGGAAUUCCCUUCAUCAUCAGGAAGUGCAUCUCCGAGAUCGAGAAGAGAGCCAUGAAGACCAAGGGCAUCUACAGAGUCAAUGGUGUCAAGACUCGUGUGGAGAAGCUUUGCCAGGCCUUUGAGAAUGGGAAGGAGCUGGUGGAGCUGUCCCAGGCCUCCCCCCAUGACAUCAGCAAUGUCUUGAAGCUCUACCUGAGACAGCUGCCAGAGCCCCUCAUGCCCUUCCACCUGUACAACAAGCUGAUGGGGCUGGCCAAGGAGAGCCUGCAGGGCACUGAGGCCAAGGGCAGGGGCGGGAAGGGAGGACCUGAGCUGGUGGACAAAGGAGCAGACACCGACAAGGUGGUGGUGAACCUGGUGCUGAAGCUGAAGGAGCUGCUGAAGGAGCUCCCCCGGGAGAACUUGGCCACCCUGCAGUACCUCCUGCAGCACCUGAGGAGGAUCGUGGAAGUGGAACAGGACAACAAGAUGACCUCAGGCAACCUGGGCAUCGUCUUUGGGCCCACACUGCUGCGCCCAAGGCCCACAGAUGCCACCAUCUCCCUGUCCUCCCUGGUGGACUACCCCCACCAGGCUCGCAUCAUCGAGGCUCUCAUCAUCUUCUACUCCACCAUCUUCGAGAAGGAGCCCAUGGCCCUGGCUGCCCCCAGCAAACACCCCACGGACAGCAGGGAGGAGGCAGCCAGCCCUGACCUGGUAGGAGCAGAGCAGCUCCACCCAGGCUCCCAGGCUGCAGCUCCUCCCGGCAGCGUCUCCUACCUGGAGCUGCCUUCGGAGAAGGGCAGUUCGGACUUCAGCACCGAUUCCUUCGCAGAGCCUGGGGACCGCUCCGUCGACUCCGACUCGGAGCUGGAGGACGCUGGGGAGCUGCUGGGUGCGGACCCCCGAGCGCAGCUGAUGAAGCAGGAGAGCGAAACCAGCACGGACGAGGCUCAGUUCUGCGAGGAGGGCAGCGAGGGGCAGCGGAGCCGCAGCUGCAGCGUGGGGCAGUCGGACACGGAGGGUCCUGCUCCGAGCUGCUGCAGCCCCCCGGGGGAGGAGCAAAGCGAUGCCGAAUGA